CCCAAAAUGCGGUUUGAAGUGUUUUAUUUGGUAUUAUUUGUAGGCUUGUGUUAUGGAGGAGGUGACAAAAAAGAUGCGAAGAUCGAUGAUGACAAAGGACGUGGUUAUUACACACGCAAUGGACCUUAUUAUGAUGAACGCGAUGACAUAGAGUGCGUUGAUACAGACCGCAUUGAUGGCAACCAAGGCAACCUUGGUAACCUUGGCAACCUUGGAAAUCAAGGAAAUCUUGGCAACCUUGGCAACCAAGGCAACCUUGGCGACCUUGGCAACCAAGGCAACCUUGGUGACCUUGGCAACCAAGGCAACCUUGGCGACCUUGGCAACCAAGGAAACCUUGGAAAUAUUGGUGAUCAAGCUAACCUUGGUGACCUCGGCAACCAAGGAAAUCUUGGCAACCUUGGAAACCAAGGCAACCUUGGUAACCUCGGCAACCUUGGUAACCAAGGCAACCUUAGCAACAUUGGCAACCAAGUCAAUAAAAACUGCGAGAUAUACUAUCCGUGCGACUUCGAAGAUGACAUCGACUGCAUCCGCCAUUACUUCGCAAGCAGCGGUCAAUGCAAAGAGACUCACAACUAUGCCCGCAAGCCUGUGUACAGAGACCGCUUAGUGGUAUACCUGCCAGGGUUCAAUUUAACCCUUAUUGUGACCAAGACCCGGAUAAAGUACAUUGGCGACAGGAUCAACAGAUUUUACAUCAACAAGAAGACCGAUAACCUAAUAAUGUCCGUGGACUUCGAAAACAUCAACAUCGACUCCAGAUAUACUACCUUCAUCUACCAAAGGAGGGGACAGGAGCCCAUCAAACGAGCUGACUUCACUAACGCAACCUUUUCUGCAACACUGACCGCUGUGGUUCCACUCAAAAAAGGCAUCGACUUCAAGCAAUCCAGAGUCACGGCUUACAUAUCUGAUCCAAUUACCGUUCCCGCGAUUGGACCAAGAGUUCUAGGGAGUACACAGCCGGUGGUCACACAAGUGAACACAGCCUUCUUGGCCAACCUUCCACAGCUGUUCCUGGAAAUCUUCCUGACAGAAGCCCCCAGCCUAUACUUCGGGUAUCUACAAAAAUACAUCUGUGACUUCGGCAUACCCAUUUCUUCUUAAAUGAAGAAAUACUGCGUUAAU